AAUUCCUGACGGAUUACGAAGGGAUUUACGGUAUCGGCUAUUUAAAGAAUUGACGUGGACAAAAGAAUUUUUUAACCAAAUGUCUGACAGACAUCAUCAAAGUUUCUCGAAAUGUAUGAAGACGUGAAAAACUACCUGACCAUCAAACGCCAGGAAAUCCAUGAUUCUCGUAAGAAGCUGGCGGGAACCCAGCCCUCGCCCUGGGCGUUCAUACCUUCGGAGCCGAGGGAGAACUUCAACGAGGUGUACCCAAGGAUUCUCUUGGGUAAUUAUUUUAUAGCCAAAAAUAAAGAGGAGUUAAAACGGAAGAACGUUACCCAUGUUGUCAACUGUGCCCAGGGAACAAAGUCUAAUCAGAUCAAUACGGACGAGGGGUAUUUCUCGGACACAGAUAUCAAGUUCCUAGGGCUGGAGGCACUGGACGUAGAACGGUUCCCCAUGAACAAGUUCUUCCAGCCCGCGGCGGACUUCAUCGUGGAGGCUCUUGCUAACAAAGGGGUGGUGUACGUGCACUGUAUGAGCGGAAUGAGUCGUUCCGGCGCCAUUGUCCUGUCCUAUCUGAUGAUUAAACGAGGGAUGUCCGUAAUGGACGCCGUAAAACUAGUCCGCGACAAGAGGGAAAUCUUCCCCAACGACGGCUUCCUGAAACAACUCUGUGAACUGGACCAACAGUUACAGCAACAAAGAUGAACAAAUAGUGUACUGUGGAAUCUUUACAAAUCGAUGGAGGCAAAUUUUCGUAGAUAACAGUUUUUACAGGUUCGUUGGGACGAGAUUUCGUGGAUUUAUUCUUAUUUAUAAACAAUAAUGCCAUAAAUUGUCGAUGUUGUAACUUCAUGGAUGAGAGGUUACCACGAAACCACGAAAAGAUAGCAUCCGCGAAUAUUAGUGAUUCCAAACUACUGUACAUGCACACAAAGCUUCAGAUGGAAUUUAUCCUCCUCGAGAUGACAGCUACACGUAUUUCCCCAAUCACUACA